AUGGGGAGAAUAAUGGGCGUGGUGAAUGAUCUGAUCCUGCGACGAGAUCGCGACGCCACGCAGCGCGAGAGUCUCUCGCAAACGAUCCGCACGCUGCGCGCAGAUUCUCUGCGGCAGACGACGGAUCUGGAGCGCCUGCAAACGAAGCACGCCGAGGCGCAGCGGAAACUCGGGGUCGCGGAGGCGACGGAGCGGGCGCUGAAGCAGCAGCUGCGCAGCGCGGAGCAGGUCGCGCGCGGUCUGAAGGAGGAGAUGGCACGCAUGAAGAUGCUGGUGGCGCAGACGCGGGCGCAGUGCGCGAACGAGGUGCGGAAGCGGGAACGGACGAUCGAGGGCAUGAAGAGACAUGUGACGGAGAGUGGACGGGCGCGAGGCACGGGCAAGACGGUCGGGGUGGUGAGCAUCAAUGUCACGGCGGGCGUUGGGGCGGAGGGGGGUGGCGGGAAUACAGUUGGGACGGAGGAGGCGGGGUAUGAUUUGAGGAUGGAGACGAACGAGUUCUUGACGGAGUUGGCGAGGGGGUUGAGUGAGGAGAACGAGAAUAUGGGGGCUUUGGUUAGGAGGACGGUGGAGACGCUGAGGACGCUCUCGGGAUAUGAGAAGGAGGGUGUGCAAGAGGGAGGCAUGGUGGUGCAGAUGGAGAGUGGCUAUGAGAAUCUUUCUGCGGAGAUGGAUGUUGUGAUUGAGCAUGUGAGGAAUCUCUUGACGAACCCGUCCUUUGUGCCACUGGAGGAGGUAGAGGUCAGAGAAGAAGAAAUCAUACGGUUGAGAGCGGGAUGGGAGAAGAUGGAAGCAAGAUGGCAUGAAGCUGUUCAAAUGAUGGAUGGAUGGCGGAAACGGAUGGCCACGAGUGGUCAAACCGUCAAUCUGGAGGAGCUGAAGAUGGGUCUUCGCCUAAGUCCUCUCAAAACCAAGGACGAGGACAACAAGAAGCCCUUUGAGUUAUCAACCCUUAUGGAAGAUGGGGAAGGCGAUACUCAAGCAGAUAUCGAUGCAAUGGACGACACAGAUAUGCAGGUUCCUGAGGAGCCGGAUUUCGAUGACGGAGAUUCCGAUGGUUCUGAUCCAGAUCUUCUCGAAGAAGAGGCAACUGAGGAACAAUUCGACGAGGUGUCUGAGGAACAACCUCAAGAUUUCUCACUCAACACAGUACCAUCAUCCUCUCCGGGUCCCCCGCCACAACUAUCUCCACUCCGAGAAACGACAAAUGGUAACCGAGGAGUAAGCUAUCAGCAACAUGAUGCGUUUACUACAAUUGUUGAGGAGAACACCCAUGACCUUCUUGAAGCAAACCCCCCAUCCGUGCAGAAGCCUAAAUCAACACCGGAGCCAGAACAUCAGGAUAGAAAGAGCCAGAUCCCAGCACCACCGGAGGACGAAGUGUCCUUAAUCAAAACAUCCAAUAUACAGAAGCAACCAACACCAAAGAAACCCUCAAAUCCAACGCCCACCAUCAGACCUACUUCUACUCCCAGACUGAAGGAAAAUUCUGGGAGCAAAUUACCGAGGCCGCGAGAAGCACUUCCUCAACAGAGCCCGUUGACAAUGGCGUCUAUUGCAGCGAAAUUGGCGGCCACGGAACGAGAAGCAGAUGCGGCGAGAGUAAGGGCUAAGAUUAAGGCUGCUCGGAUGAAGAGCGCUGCGAACGCAGAGGCAGUGAGGCUGAUGCCUCCUCCACCGAAAACAGAACGAGAUGAAGUGGAGCCGUCGAAAGCAGAAAGGGGGGAUCAAGAGGAUGCGAGUAGAGAUAGAGAGGCGAGAAAAAGGAAAGCUUCAGCACGGCAGGGCGGAAGAGCGAGCCGGAGAAGAAGCACGCUGAGCCCGUGGGAGCUGGAGAGCUUGAUUCUAGGGAAUGUGGGUACUGGAGCGGAAUAG